CUGCUUUUCCUGGGCUGAGCUGCAGGCGAAAGCGCGGCGGGCCAGGCGCUCGGAGGUAAGCGGCGGGGGCUGGACAGGCGGACGCUGCGGCUGGAGGAGGACGAGAGAAAGCACCUGCAGCGGGACACCGGCACGCUCUUCCUGGUGCUGAGCACUAGCGAGCCGGGCACGUCGGGCAGCCCUUCCUCGCCCGCCUAAACACGAAAUGCUGGAUCUGCUUACGUACCGGGGGAAAGGCACCAAACUGGGGCUGCCCUCGAUACCGUCUGCUUGCUUUUAUCUUCUUUGCCGAGCAGACUUGGUUUGAGCGGCGCCGCGGGCUGUAGGAACGGCCAAGGCAUUCGGCCAGAUGUUUUGUCGACUUAAACCGCAUUGACACAACAGCUGAUUGCGGCUCUGGAAAACCGGCUGGCCUGAUCGCCUGCGGGUUUUGGAAGAAAGCAUCCAUUUUGCACAGUGCUCUUUAACAAGUGACAUUGAAGAACUGGAGUCUGCUCAUUGAAAAAGUUUUUGGUCACAAAUGAUACACUGCUGCCACUGGAAGACUGUCCCUUAUGACGGAGAAUUUGAAACUAAAAUUCAAGCAUGAAGAAUUUCAUAGUGGAACCUGUCAUUUGCAUAUACAUGUUUGUUUCUUCUAUGGAAACACCCUUGGUACAGCAAUAUAUAUACAGAAGACUUUGGGAGGAGACCACUAAUACCACCUUCAUAGAUAAUGACACAAUUUCUCAUUGUGAACUAAACCAAAGCAAUCCAGCUUUCUUGAAACAGCAGGAAGUCCAGGAAAAAGCUUCUCUAUUUUCCAUGAAAAAGGAGUUAUGUUCAGCCAUUUUGAGCAUUUUAAUGGCCUUUAUUCUUGUAGCAAAUGGAGACCGCUGUGGACGCAAAUGGUCGCUAAGUCUUCCUCUGGUAGGGAGUCUCCUAGGCAGCACCUUCCUCGGUUUUAUGUCCUACUUCUCUCUAUACCUCCCUCUGUUGUUCGCACUGUCCUUUGUCACAGGGUUAUUUGGGGGCAUGGCAACUUUCCUUGGAGGCGCAUUUUCAUAUGUGGUUGAUCUCUCUGAGAACGAGAGACAGAAGACUGUCCGAAUAGCUGUGGUAGACCUGAUCUUUGGACUCCUGUCUGGACUGGGAGGAGUGGCCUCCGGAUACAUUUUGAAAAGAAUAGGCUUCACAUGGACAUUUGCAACCGCUUCACUGCUUCAGGUAGUGAACAUUGUCUAUGUUACGUGUUGUCUGGAUGAGACUGUGAAGAUUUCUGGGUGCCAGCCACACUCUCUGAGAGAAGGCAUUAAAGACACCUUCUCUGGAGUGUGGCUCCUCUUUAAGUUGUCCUCUUGUAGGAAGCGGGCCACGAUCAUCCUCUUGCUCUGUGUGUUCAUGACUUACUUGUUCACCAUGUUUGGUGGAUUCUCACUUUACACACUCUAUGAACUGAAUGCUCCCCUCUGCUGGAACGCAGUCUACAUCGGAUAUGGCUCGGCUGUCUCCACCUCGGUUUCUCUGACUGGCUUUCUGGGACUGCUUUUACUUUACCGGUGCCUGGGAGAUGCCUGCCUUGUUUGCAUUGGAAUCAUUUCUUACGUCGGAGGAGCAGUCAUGGCUGCCUUUGCCAACACUACGUUGCUGAUGUUUUUAGCGCGGGUGCCAUCUUUGCUACUUUUUGUACCUAUCCCAGUCCUUCGAUCCAUGCUAUCCAAGGUGGUUCUUCCCAAAGAACAAGGAGCUCUGUUUGCUUGCAUUGCCUGCCUAGAAGUUGUUACUGGCACAACUUCACUUGCUGUUUUUAGCAAAAUCUAUGCAAUGACUGUAGCCUGGUUUCCAGGUUUCGUUUUCCUCUUAUCAGCUGGUCUCUGUAUACUUCCACUAAGCUUGCUGAGCUCACUUACGUGUGUCACUAAGUGCAAAGAAGACUUUGUGCAGCUGGUGAAUGAAGAAGACUCCCUGGGAGAGAAUGUGGACAGCUGAACCAAGGAUUCACCUGAAAGCUAGUUCUUAUCUGCCUUUUCGAGUGUUGAUCGUGUUGUCAGGGGUCAACUGCGAUCUGAUUUUUGCAAGAAUUGACUAGCCCAGAUGCUCUGCUCUCCUGGCCCCUAAGAUGUCGUACAAAGGGGAAGGAGGAGGAGUCAUAGAGUCACCUUGGUUGUGCUCUAACAAGGGCAGUAGAUAAUAUUGCUGAUCAAAGAGCAGUGCUUUAAAACUCUAGAUCAGUUGCCUGGCACCCUAGCAAAGCAGUAAAUAGAAUAAAGCAAUAAAUUUGCAGUUUCAUGGAUCUGACUGGAAUAUCAGUGACUGGGCAGGUGCAAAGCAACACAUUUAAAGACAUUGGAAAGCAAGCUUCUGUACUUUGUUACAGAGACUGCUACCACCUAGAAUAAUGAAUUUUUAAAUGUCAACAAUGCUAAUUCAGGGGUGUGAAGGGAUUCUUUUCAGUACUUUUGCUUUAAAUGAGUAUUACACUUUUAUAAAGUGAGACUUUAAAAAAAGUUUUCAUUGCAUGCAUAUUCACUUGAAACAUUGCCACUUUAAAAUAAGGGUGGCUCUUCCCUGUGAUUUUAACAUGAUGUGCAUACAGUUAGCCUUGAGAGUCUCUAGACCUAUUUAUGGCUGGAUGAAGGCUGAGAUGGUGAGUUAGUUCUUUCUGGUACAACCAGUUCUUUUAAUAUAUUCCCCCUAUACCUGAAGCUUUUGAUUUGUGAUCAGGACAUACUGGACAAGGCACAAAAACCAUUGAAAAAGUCACUGUAUGAAUCAUAGUAGCAUGUUAAAUAUGUUGUGAAAAUCAGCAUUGCAGACUGCACAGGGAAAUUCCUCUGAGGUAAUGUUUGCAAAAGCAUACAAACACCUUCUUAUGAAACAGACUGUCCUGGAUCCAGAUUGUAUUUUUUUUUUAAGAUUCCCAGGCCACUGACCUUCCUCAGGCAGCCUUCCUUAGGCAACAGAGUUUAGGAUGUUUAACCACUUCUUUGCCAGGCAGAUCUGGGAUACAUUUCUGCAUUCGCACAGUUAAUGGAAGGAAUGCAGAAACUCAGGCCAGUAGGUCACAUCGAGCCUGCCUGGAGUCCCAGUGAAGCUCUCUGGGGUGCAGGGGUGCCCGUGGCCCCUUCCACUAGCCCAACCCCCUUUCUUCCAGCCACUAACCUUUUGGUGUUUCCCCUUUAUUCUAAACAAUUAAAACAUUUCUUGUAAGACUUACUUGGAAUACAACCCAUAAGAGCUUCUCUGAAAUGGAAUUUAGCUGUUGAACUGCAGGAGGUUCAGCAUUCCUGAUAUCGAACGUUAAGGCUCAUCCUGAAAUUUCACCUCUUCUCUACUCCCAUCCUUCAUUAUUUAUUUCACAAUUCUAUUAUGUCCAUUAAUCUCUCCUGCAUAUACCAGCAUGCCUACCACUGAGGCAGGAUUAGGAAAAUCAAGAAUGGCAAUAGCAAACAACAGAAAGGCCAUCCCGCAAUAACCCACUUAUUUCCUUACUAUCUUUCACCAUGUUGAUGGGAUUAUAUAAUAUUGCUACAGAAAGGUCCCUUUUUGGUAGGCUGCAUAAGUGAGGAAACAUGGAACUGGUACAGUGAAGUUGACAGUUGGGGCAAUGGUGUAAAUGAGCUCUGAAAAUCCUACUUUUUGAGCAGCAAAAGCUUUUUCAGUAACUGUGGUAGCCAGAAAAAAAAUCACAGAGUAGUUGUUGCUGCUGUCUUUUAUGGUUGUAUUUUGUUGAAAUUUACAUUAAAAUUAAUAAUAAUUCA